AAUGUCCCUCCUCAGAUAAUGUUAUUUAUAUCUCUGGGCGGGUCUGCGGCUCGGCAGCACCAGGCGCCCGGCGGCCGCUGUGCCAGGAGCCCCGCGCUGCCCUCCUCCCCCUGCGCCGCCGCCACUGCGGCCCCCGGGCUCGGGGUGGCCGCCCUUACAGCCCCAGCGCAGAGCCGCUGCCUGGCUGCUGCCUCCUCUGAGCUGCGGUCGCAGGAGACAUGGCGUUUUUAAGCAGGAUGAAUUGCUGUCGAGUGGCUGCUCUUCUGCACCCGGGGCCAUCAAUCUUGUCUUGAACGCCGGGCCUGCUUGUCUGCCUGCUCAGGCUCAUCUUUCUGGGGCAGACCUAUUUACGGAGCCAUGGCAAAGGGACCCUUCCAUGAAGACUGAGGCAGGCGUAGCUGCUGAGAGCCUGCUGACAUGACAUCGGCCACGGAGGUUGAAAAUUUGGGCAACCAGCCACCAUACAGCCGGAUCAAUGCCCGCUGGGAUGCCCCGGACGAUGAGCUGGAUAAUGACAACAGCUCAGCCAGGCUCUUUGAGAGGUCCCGGAUCAAGGCCUUGGCAGAUGAGCGGGAAGUUGUUCAGAAGAAGACCUUCACGAAAUGGGUGAACUCGCACCUGGCUCGUGUGCCCUGCCGCAUCACGGACCUCUACAGGGACCUGCGGGAUGGGCGGAUGCUCAUCAGGCUGCUGGAGGUGCUCUCUGGAGAGACGCUGCCAAGGCCCACAAAGGGGAAGAUGCGCAUCCACUGCCUGGAGAAUGUGGACAAGGCCCUGCAGUUCCUCAAGGAGCAGCGUGUGCACCUGGAGAACAUGGGCUCCCACGACAUCGUGGAUGGCAACCACCGCCUGGUCCUGGGCCUCAUCUGGACCAUCAUCCUACGCUUCCAGAUUCAGGACAUUGUUGUCCAAACUCAAGAAGGUCGUGAGACGCGCUCAGCCAAGGAUGCGUUGCUGUUAUGGUGUCAGAUGAAGACGGCAGACUAUCCCCAAGUCAAGGUCACUGACUUCACCACCAGCUGGAAAGAUGGCCUGGCCUUUAAUGCCCUGAUCCACAAACACCGGCCCGACCUGAUUGACUUUGAUAAGCUGAAGGACUCCAAUGCCCGACACAACCUAGAGCAUGCGUUUGACGUGGCUGAGCAUCAGCUGGGCAUCAUCCCGCUCCUGGACCCUGAAGAUGUCUUCACAGAAAACCCUGAUGAGAAAUCCAUUAUUACCUACGUGGUAGCAUUUUACCACUACUUCUCCAAGAUGAAGGUGCUGGCGGUGGAGGGCAAGCGCGUCGGCAAGGUAAUUGACCAUGCCAUUGACACUGAGAAGAUGAUUGAAAAGUACAGCGGGCUGGCCUCAGACCUGCUCACCUGGAUCGAGCAGACCAUCACUGUCCUGAACAGCCGCAAGUUUGCCAACUCCCUGGCUGGCGUCCAGCAGCAGCUGCAGGCCUUCAGCACCUAUCGUACCACAGAGAAGCCGCCCAAGUUUCAGGAGAAGGGGAAUCUGGAGGUCCUACUUUUUACCAUCCAGUCCCGGAUGAGAGCCAACAAUCAGAAAGUGUACACGCCACAUGAUGGGAAACUAGUGUCUGACAUCAACCGGGCCUGGGAAAGCCUGGAGGAAGCUGAAUAUCGGCGAGAGCUGGCCCUGAGAAAUGAGCUCAUUCGGCAGGAGAAGCUAGAGCAGCUGGCCCGGCGCUUUGACCGAAAGGCCGCGAUGAGAGAGACGUGGCUCAAUGAAAACCAGCGCCUUGUGGCUCAGGACAACUUUGGGUAUGACCUGGCAGCCGUGGAGGCCGCGAAGAAGAAGCACGAGGCCAUCGAGACGGACACAGCCGCCUACGAGGAGCGAGUGAGGGCCCUGGAGGACCUGGCCCAGGAGCUGGAGAAGGAGAAUUACCACGACCAGAAGCGCAUCACGGCCCGCAAGGACAAUAUCCUGCGCCUGUGGAAGUACCUGCAGGAGCUGCUGCAGUCCCGGCGCCAGAGACUCGAGACAACCCUGGCGCUGCAGAAGCUCUUCCAGGAUAUGCUGCACAGCAUCGACUGGAUGGAUGACAUCAAGGCUCACCUCUUGUCUGCCGAGUUUGGGAAACACUUGUUGGAGGUCGAGGACUUGCUACAGAAGCACAAGUUGAUGGAGGCUGACAUCGCCAUCCAAGGGGACAAAGUGAAGGCCAUCAUCGCAGCUACCCAGCAGUUCACUGAGGGGAACGGGUACCAGCCUUGUGACCCCCAGGUCAUCCAGGACCGUGUCAGCCACCUGGAGCAGUGCUUUGCAGAGCUGAGCAACAUGGCAGCUGGGCGGAAGGCCCAGCUGGAGCAGUCCAAGCGGCUCUGGAAGUUCUUCUGGGAAAUGGAUGAGGCUGAGAGCUGGAUCAAGGAGAAGGAGCAGAUUUACUCCUCCCUGGACUACGGCAAGGACCUGACCAGCGUGCUCAGCUUGCAACGCAAGCACAAGGCCUUUGAGGAUGAGCUCCGUGGGCUGGACACCCACCUGGGGCAGAUCUUCCAGGAAGCUGAAGGCAUGGUCACUCGCAAGCAGUUUGGGUACCCACAGAUCGAGGCCCGAAUCAAGGAGGUGGCCACCCAGUGGGACCAGCUGAAGGAGCUGGCUGCCUUUCGUAAGAAGAACCUCCAGGAUGCUGAGAACUUCUUCCAGUUCCAGGGCGAUGCGGAUGAACUGAAGGCCUGGCUGCAGGAUGCCCACCGGCUGCUCUCAGGCGAAGACGUGGGGCAGGAUGAAGGGGCCACGCGGGCCCUGAGGAAAAAGCACAAGGACUUCCUGGAGGAGCUGGAGGAGAGCCACGAGGUGAUGAAGCACCUGGAGCAGCAGGCCCAGGAGUUCCCACAAGAGUUUCGGGAUUCCCCAGAUGUGACCAAUCGGCUGCAGGCCCUCCAGGAGCUCUACCAGCAGGUGGUGGCUCAGGCGGACCUACGUCAGCGGAGGCUGCAGGACGCCCUAGACCUGUAUACAGUGUUUGGGGAGACAGAUGCCUGUCAGCUGUGGAUGGGUGAGAAGGAGAAGUGGCUGGACCAGAUGGAUAUCCCAGACACGCUGGAGGACCUGGAGGUCGUGCAGCACAGGUUUGACAUUCUGGACCAGGAGAUGAAGUCGUUGAUGGCUCAGAUUGAAGGCGUGAACUCUGCUGCCAACAGCCUGGUAGAGAGUGGCCACCCACGCAGUGGGGAAGUGAAGAAGUACCAAGACAACCUGAACACCAGGUGGCAUGCAUUCCAGGCCAUGGUGGCAGAACGGCGGGGAAAAGUAGACUCAGCUCUCCGGGUGCACAACUACUGCGUGGAUUGCGAGGAGACCAGCAAGUGGAUCAUGGACAAAACGAAGGUAGUGGAGUCCACAAAGGACCUCAGCCGAGACCUGGCAGGCGUCAUCGCCAUCCAGCGGAAGUUGUCAGGGCUGGAGCACGAUGUGACUGCCAUCAAGGCCCGCAUGGGUGCCCUGGAGCGUGAGUCGCUGCAGCUGAUGGAGUCACACCCUGAGCAGAGAGAUGACAUUGGCCAGCGGCAGAAGUAUGUGGAGGAGCUGUGGCAGGGCCUGCAGCGAGCCCUGGAGGGCCAGGAGGCCUCACUGGGUGAAGCCAGCCAGCUACAGGCCUUCUUGCAGGAUCUGGAUAACUUCCAGUCCUGGCUGUCCGUGACCCAGAAGGCUGUGGCCUCCGAGGACACACCCGAGUCCCUCCCGGAGGCCGAGCAGCUCCUGCAGCAGUAUGCGGCCAUCAAGGACGACAUUGACAGGCAUCAAGAGAACUUCCAUCACAUCAAGGCCUCUGGAGAGACGGUGAUCCAUGGCCAGACAGACCCAGAGUACCUGCUCCUGGGCCAGCGGCUGGAAGGCCUAUAUAGUGGCUGGGAUGCCCUGCAUCGGAUGUGGGAUAGCCGCGGCCGCUCCCUUGCCCAGUGCCUCGGCUUCCAGGAGUUCCAGAAGGAUGCCAAGCAGGCUGAAGCCAUCCUCAGCAACCAGGAAUAUACUCUGGCUCACUUGGAGCCCCCAGACUCCCUAGAAGCUGCAGAGGCGGGGAUCCGGAAGUUUGAGGAUUUCUUGGCAUCUAUGGAGAACAACCGGGAUAAGGUCUUGAGUCCUGUGGACUCUGGAAACAUUCUGGUAGCUGAGGGAAACCUCUACUCAGACAAGAUCAAGGAGAAGGUGCAGCUUAUUGAGGACAGGCACAAGAAGAACAAUGAGAAGGCCCAGGAGGCCUCAGAUCUUCUGAGAGACAACCUGGCGCUCCAGAACUUUCUCCAGAACUGCCAGGAGCUGACUCUCUGGAUCAAUGACAAGCUGCUGACACCUCCGGAUGUCUCCUAUGAUGAAGCGCGAAACCUUCAUAACAAAUGGCUGAAGCACCAGGCGUUUGCGGCAGAGCUGGCUUCCCACCAAGGGUGGCUGGAGAACAUCGACGCAGAAGGGAAGGAGCUGAUGGAGGAGAAGCCCCAGUUUGCAGCCCUGGUGUCCCAGAAGCUGGAAGCCUUGCACCAGCUCUGGGAUGAGCUUCAGACCACCACGCAGGAGAAGGCCCAACACCUCUUAGCUGCCAGGAGCUCCGACCUGCGCUCGCAGACUCACGCAGACCUCAACAAGUGGAUCAGCGCCAUGGAGGACCAGCUGCGGUCGGAUGACCCGGGCAAGGACCUGACCAGCGUCAACCGGAUGUUGGCUAAGCUGAAGCGUGUGGAGGACCAAGUGAACGUGCGGAAGGAGGAGCUGGGGGAGCUGUUUGCCCAGGUGCCCUCACAAGGAGAGGAGGUGGGGGACAUGGACUUGAGCAUCGAGAAGCAGUUCCUGAACCUCCUGGAGCCCCUGGGGAGGAGGAAGAAGCAGCUGGAAUCAUCCAGAGCCAAGCUGCAGAUCAGCCGGGAUAUAGAGGAUGAGACGCUCUGGGUGGAGGAGAGGCUGCCUCUGGCCCAGUCGGUUGACUAUGGCACUAAUCUGCAAACUGUGCAGCUGUUCAUGAAGAAGAACCAGACACUGCAGAACGAGAUCCUGGGCCAUGCGCCACGCGUCGAGGACGUGCUGCAGCGGGGGCAGCAGCUGGUGGAGGCGGCGGAGAUCGACUGCCAGGAUGUUGCCGAGCGCCUGCAGCAGCUGCGGGGCUCCUGGGAGACACUGCAGGAGGCGGCGGCCGGGCGGCUGCAGCGCCUACGGGAGGCCAGCGAGGCGCAGCAGUACUACCUGGACGCGGGCGAGGCCGAAGCCUGGAUCAGCGAGCAGGAGCUCUACGUCCUAUCCGAGGAGAGCCCCGAGGAUGAAGAGGGUGCCAUCGUGAUGCUGAAGCGGCACCUGCGGCAGCAGCGGGCUGUGGAGGAGUACGGGAGGAACAUCAAGCAGCUGGCCGGCCGGGCCCAGAGCCUACUGUCCGCAGGCCACCCCGAGGGGGAACAGAUCAUCAGACUUCAGGGGCAAGUGGACAAGCAGUAUGCGGGGCUGAAGGACUUGGCAGAGGAACGCAAGCGGAAGCUGGAGAACAUGUACCACCUGUUCCAGCUAAAGAGGGAGGCAGAUGGCCUGGAGCAGUGGAUUACAGAAAAGGAGCUCGUGGCCUCUUCCUCCGAAAUGGGGCAAGACUUUGACCACGUUACUCUGCUCCGGGACAAGUUCCGGGACUUCGCACGGGAGACUGGGGCGAUUGGCCAGGAGCGGGUGGACAACAUGAAUGCCUUCAUUGAGCGACUCAUCGACGCGGGCCACAGUGAGGCAGCCACCAUUGCUGAGUGGAAGGACGGGCUGAACGAGAUGUGGGCGGACCUGCUGGAGCUCAUCGACACGCGCAUGCAGCUGCUGGCCGCCUCCUACGACCUGCACCGCUACUUCUACACAGGUGCCGAGAUCCUGGGCCUCAUCGACGAGAAGCACCGCGAGCUGCCCGAGGACGUGGGGCUGGACGCCAGCACCGCCGAGUCCUUCCACCGCGUGCACACGGCCUUCGAGCGGGAGCUCCAGUUGUUGGGCGUGCAGGUACAGCAGUUCCAGGACGUGGCCACCCACCUGCAGACAGCCUAUGCUGGGGAGAAGGCAGACGCCAUCCAGUACAAGGAGCAGGAAGUGUCUGCCGCGUGGCAGGCACUGCUCGAGGCCUGUACCGGGCGCCGCACCCAGCUGGUGGACACUGCGGACAAAUUCCGCUUCUUCAGCAUGGUCCGAGACCUCUUCUCCUGGAUGGAGAGCAUCAUCCGGCAGAUCGAGACCCAGGAGAGGCCCAGGGAUGUUUCCUCAGUGGAACUGCUCAAGAAGUACCACGAGGGCAUCAAGGCAGAGAUCGAAACCCGGAGCAAGAACUUCAGCGCCUGCCUGGAGCUCGGAGAGUCCCUGCUGCAGCGGCAGCACCAGGCCUCGGACGAGAUCAGAGAGAAGAGGCAGCAGGUGGUGUCCAGGAGGGAGGAGAUGAUGGAGAAGUGGAAGGCCCGCUGGGAGCGGCUCUGCCUGUUGCUGGAAGUGUGCCAGUUCUCGAGGGACGCCUCCGUGGCUGAGGCGUGGCUCAUCGCCCAGGAGCCCUACCUGGCCAGCCGGGACUUUGGACACACGGUGGACAGUGUGGAGAAGCUCAUCAGGAGGCAUGAGGCUUUUGAGAAGUCCACAGCCAGCUGGGCGGAGCGCUUUGCGGCCCUGGAGAAGCCCACCACGCUUGAGCUAAAAGAACUCCAGACCCCACCGAGACCUGCGGAGGAGACUGGGCCUCAAGAGGAGGAAGGCGAGACAGCAGGGGAGGCUCCCCGAGGUCCCCAUCAUGCGGCCACUGAGAGAACGUCCCCGCAAGGUGUGCUCCUCCCAUAUGCCCCUGAGCAGGGGAAAGAAGAGAGGCAGUGGCCUCAGGACCUGCAGCCGCCACCCCCCCCAGGGCAGCAGGAGGAAGGGCAGGAGGAGAAAUCCGGUGGGGAUGAGAGGCCCGCCACUGAGCCCCUCUUUAAGGUCCUGGACACACCUCUGAGCGAGGGCGACGAGCCUACGACGCUGCCAGCCCAACGGGACCACGGGCACAGCGUGCAGAUGGAGGGCUACCUGGGCCGCAAGCAUGACCUGGAGGGGCCCAACAAGAAGGCAUCCAACAGGUCCUGGAACAACCUGUACUGUGUGCUCAGGAACAGCGAACUGACCUUCUACAAGGAUGCCAAGAACCUGGCCCUGGGGGUGCCCUACCAUGGGGAGGAGCCCCUGGCCCUGAGACAUGCCAUCUGUGAGAUUGCUGCCAACUACAAGAAGAAGAAGCACGUCUUCAAGCUGAGGCUGAGCAAUGGCAGCGAGUGGCUCUUCCAUGGCAAGGAUGAGGAAGAGAUGCUGUCCUGGCUGCAGGGUGUGAGCACAGCCAUCAACGAGUCGCAGAGCAUCCGCGUCAAGGCACAGAGCCUCCCCCUGCCCUCCCUCGCCGGUCCUGACGCCAGCCUUGGCAAGAAGGACAAGGAGAAGAGAUUCAGCUUCUUCCCCAAAAAGAAGUAGUUCCUCGCGGCGCCCACGGGGGGCGGGGCGCAGGCAUGUGGAGGCAGCUCGGCUUCCUGCGCCCCUCCGCUCCCCACAGAGGCCAGGCCCAGGGACGGAGCAGGAAAGGUCUCGGGACACAUGCCCUCCUCUCCCCCGCCCCACCUCCCGAGCCGAGGGCGUGCCAGUCCGAGACCCCCUAAAGGCUGGAGGAAAAGAUGGGGUUCCUCAGACGCUGUCCACUCCCAAAGCGAGUCUUGCUUGGGGUCACCUUCCUCUUGGCCACAGCCAGGGAAAGGGAAAGGGAAGAGGACACUGGAAAUGCCUGACCUGCCGCUUAGGGGCAUGAGGAAGGAGCCUUCAGGUGGGCCCACAGAUACCUAGCUCUGGGCCAGGGGCUGCCGGGGACUGAGGGGACACAACAGGCCUCCUCUCCACUGGGCUUCCUUAGAACUGGGGCUCUCACCUCAGGGGCCACCACGUCCUUUCCUCCCUCCUCCACUCACCAAAAAAAUGGGGGGGGAGGUGCACCGUCCACCAUCAGUGGGUCCUAACUGCAAGGGGCCUCUGGCACCCCUUUGCUCCCACCACAGGUGGUAGAAGGAUCAGUAAGCUCUCAGCCGCCUCUUUUAAAACUACCGUCAGAGCUCAGGGCCCAGACCUGAAGGAGGUAGCAGGUCACACUGCCCAAGGCUCUGCCUCUCCACUCUGGGACCCUCCCCUACUCCCAAGAGCAGCCAAACCAGCAAUAGCCGACUUGGACCCAGGACCCCUUAGGGAGACAGUGGACCCCUAGAUGCAAGAUGGAUACCCCAGCACCUGGAGGAAAACCUCCCAAAGCCAAAUGCCAAAGGCAUCCUGUCUGUAGCUGGUACCAUCUGAGGGUACUGGCUGGACAAAUAGCAAAGUUUAUGACCUGCCACCUUGGAGUGGCAAACGUGGCCACAUCUAGCUAUUGCCACCCAUGUAACACAACUCCUGGACAGCUGGAACAAUGCCGGGGCCAGAGCCAUGAAGGUGUGGCACCCCUUGAUCAGCUUCUCCUGAAGGUCUUGGCCUUGGGUAUGGGGGAGGAGGGGUGCGGAUCACAUGGGUACAGAGGUCUUCAGACACGUACCACCCCCCAGCCCCAAGCACAUCCAAAAGGGGCCCUGCAACCUCUAUCCCCAGGGACAGGCUUCCCCAUGCUACCGCGGCCAGAAUUCUGGAGGGAACCGACCAUUUGUUCCACAAGGAUCUUCCCCCACCACUCUGAAUGCAAUACAGCUCCAGCUCAGCAUCUUAACUGGGGUUAGGUCCAAAAGGGGUCAAGUUGGGGUGGCAGACAUUUUCCCCUGGGGAGACCAUAAAGGUCCCUGAGGCCUGCAGUUGCUCUUCCCAUCACCUUCCCAUGAGAGGGAGCCGUAGGCACACUGAGGUGAUUCCUCGGGAAGUGGUGAGGCUCCAAAAGAAACCACAGCGGUAGGCAUCCAGAGUUACUAGGCCUUCCAAGGAGCCCUUAGCGCAGGCUCAGCUCGGAGGUCAACCCACGUCAAGGUGAAGCCAACUCCUGGAGACGAGAACCAUUUUUCUCCAAUGGAGCCUGACAUCCCCAGAUCAGGUGGUCCCACCUCUGGAGCCAGGGUCUUCAUUUAGCCUCUGCAUCUAACCCUACAGCCCUCUUUGCACCUACAGGGAAUGUAGUGUAUACUAUUCACCAGCCUCUUUCUAGACCUGGGGAAACCAAAGGGGCAGUGAGGUGACUGUCCUCACCAGGCAAUAAAGAAGGCCUUUGGUGCAUCCGAGGGCAUGUCCUGCUCCAGGGUAGAUAGUACGGUCCUUGCUGAAGAGCAAACGGUCGCAGGUGUCUCCCUCAACUGUUCCGCUGGGCCAGGCUUUAGGGAGCCAAGGGACAAGGGGCCACCCUCUCCCCUCCAUGUGUGCCAAAGUUGCACCUGAAGUGAGGACUUUCCAGCAACUCCACAGACCCAAGAAUGAAAGGGCCCAAAGGAAGAGUUAGGAUUUCCCCAAGCCAGGGCCCUGGGCUGGGCAAGGGCAGCCAGCUGCAUGUGACCCACUACCUGUUGCCAGCUCCCCAUGCAUCCCCCCGCCCCCCCAUCACACAGGCCCCAAGACGCUCAACCAACCGGACUGAGACCACAGGCGCCCAACGUGGGGAGACUCUGUGCCACACGGGGGCUAAGUGCUCUGCCAAAGUUUCUCUUUGUCCUCCUUACAUUUUCUAUUUUGCAGUCUUCAGCAGUAUUCCCAAACAGGCCGACACAGCUCCAGUCCACACCAGCAUACCAGACUUCCUCCCCAGGGCAGUUUAGAGGAAGCUCCUUCUGGGCAUGGUCAGGCAGUCCUUCCCUCUCCCCUUCCCCUUUGUCCCCUGGCCUCAACUCACUCUGGCUGAGGUGGGUGUGGAGGGUCCAUGGGCUUCCCACCGCCUCCAGCACCCAUAAUGGGCAGCCUGUGGAAGGCUCUGCUUCCCCACCCCGCCACUCCUCCUUCCUGCCUAUUGGAGGGCAACUGGGGUCCCCGAGGCUGGUCCUGGCUCUCCCACCUCCCUUCAGUGGAGGGAGCAGAGAUCCAGAGGACCACAGGGCUCAGUCCCUUGGACAAGCAAGCUCAGGGAGGAUGCAAGGGAGGAGGUGGCUGCAGAGGACUGCAACUCUGUAGGGCACAGACCAUGCAAUCUGGGGCUGGCCCUGGGGCCGGCCGGGCCUGUCCUCCACCUGCUCAAAUGUGCUUCCACCAACCAGAGGAAACCCAGUUACUAGUUUUUCUAAUAAAUCAAUAACGCUACA